UUCUCCUUUGGUUUUAGGAGCCUGUGGUAUUUUGGUGUCUUAGCAGACGCUGUUAGAUCCGCUAUAAGUAUUUACUAUAAAGAUGACUGAAAAUACAGAUUUUUCAAGCAAAAGCGAUGCGGGAAGUAAAACUAUGAAUAAGACCUGUUGGAUGCUGAAACGAUACGGACGUUUCGCGCGGAGCGCCGCGGAGGGCGAGGGCCGGUCCUCCUGGAAGGUCUUUGAGAACGAUGAAAGUGCAGGUCAACUGGUACUUAACAUAGUGGAGUCUGGACACCUGCUUGUGUCCCAGGGCCCAGAGCUGUUGGAGGGUUUCUCCUUACUCAACGCAUCCAGCUUCCUGAAGGUGCGGCGGAAGACAGAUGUCUUGCUGUUUCGGAUGACGGCCAAGGGCGAGGGCCGUGUCUUCCAGGUGCAGUUUGCGGGCAGCAGCAGGGAGGAGGCCCUGGAACUGUGUAGCUCAGCUGUUGCCUGCCUGAAGCAGCAUGUCCCAGUGGAGGACGCACCCGUCCCCAACAGCAGUGCCCAGACGGCCCCACGGGCCGACCCAGAGCCACAGCACAGCCUGCAGCAGCCAGGGGCUUGUGCUGAGCAGCCUGCAGGAACCUUGAAGCCUGAAGAAUCCGAAAGCUCCCUGUCCGUCCAACGACUUGCCCAGUGCUUCCUGGGCCAGGCGGGCCUCUCCCUGCCCCUGGCGUACCGCCACCAGGCCCUGCCCAGCGGCAGCCUGGGGCCCCUGCUGCGCCUGUGCCUGCUCGACUGCAGCUUCCCUGCCUGGGUGGAGCAGGUGGAGGCUGAGUUGACACGGCUGGCCCAGCAGUGACUGAGUGGAGCGACAGGAUGGGCACCUCUUUG